GAGGAGAGACGUGGAGUGCCCAGCUCCUGUGCCGGCUCCAGGCUGUGUGUUGUUGUUGUUGUUGUUGUUGUUGUGUGGUGGGGGGGGGGUCAAGAUGAGCAGCCCGUGCCUGCUGCGUGCGGCCCCGAUAAGCCAACCCCGGCUCCGAGAGGUGAAGAUCAGUCUGAAGGCCAACAGCAGGGACACCGCAGCCAUCCGAAGCAGCGGCGGGGUGACCAAGGAGUCGUCUGGACGGCCUUAUGCACCCAUGGAGAAGGAGGCCCCCGUGCGGGUCGCCAUGAGCACCAGCCGGAGCAGGAGCACCCCGCCGGUCCACAGGGCCCAAAGCAAGAGGUCAGCAAGAGGAAGUAGCAGCAGCAGCAAGCACCAGGAACCAGAACAGCACCCAGAGAGGAACGGUACCCUCCUGCACAUCCCACUGUCUGUGGCGGCCACAGGACUUUCCCCCUUCUCCUCACUGUCGUCUUCGUCGUCCUCGUGUACCCCCAGACGUCAGAGGCCCUCUCACCCACAGCCUCCCCCUGCCACCGCCCUCUUCUCCACCUCCUCCUCCUCUUCCUCCUCUGCCAAGAGUAUGAAACGGGCUCGCUGGCUGAGUUACAGCACCUCCAACAUCAGUUUCAACUCCAUCCUGGAUGGACGCUUCAGGCAGUUGCAAGAUGAGCGUGAGGCGGUUCAGAAGAAGACCUUCACUAAGUGGGUCAACUCCAUCCUGUCCCGGGUCGGCUGUCGGAUCUCUGACCUCUACCUGGAUCUGCGGGAUGGACGCAUGCUCAUUAAACUGCUGGAGGUUUUGUCUGGAGAAAGACUGCCAAAACCCACAAAGGGUCGAAUGCGUAUCCACUGUUUGGAGAAUGUGGAUAAAGCCUUACAGUUCCUCAAAGAGCAGAGGGUCCACCUGGAGAACAUGGGCUCCCAUGACAUUGUCGACGGCAACCAUCGCCUCAUCCUCGGCCUCAUCUGGACCAUCAUCCUUCGUUUCCAGAUUCAGGACAUUAUUGUGGAAACGGGCCAGGCAGACCAGAAGGAGACCCGCUCAGCGAAGGACGCUCUUCUUCUGUGGUGUCAGAUGAAAACUGCAGGAUAUCCAAAUGUCAACAUCACAAACUUCACCACAAGCUGGAAAGACGGCAUGGCCUUCAACGCUCUCAUACACAAACACCGGCCAGAUCUGGUGGACUAUAACACUCUGAAGAGGUCCAACCCAACCCACAACCUCCAGAACGCCUUCAACGUCGCAGAGCAGAAGCUUGGUGUGACCAAACUUUUAGACCCAGAAGAUGUGUUCACAGAGAACCCAGAUGAGAAGUCCAUCAUCACGUACGUCGUGGCAUUUUACCACUACUUCUCAAAGAUGAAGCAGCUCGCCGUCGAGGGCAAAAGAGUGGGAAAGGUUUUGGACCAGGCCAUUGAAACAGAGAAGAUGAUUGACAAGUACGAGACGCUUGCAUCUGACCUGCUGACGUGGAUCGAACAGACCAUCAUCGUGCUGAACAACCGGAAACUGGCCAACUCUUUGACUGGAGUUCAGCAGCAGCUUCAGGCCUUCAACACUUACCGCACUGUGGAGAAACCACCCAAGUUCCAGGAGAAGGGGAACCUGGAGGUGCUGCUGUUCACCAUCCAAAGUCGAAUGCGGGCCAACAACCAGAGGGUCUACACACCCAAAGAGGGAGCCCUGGUCGCUGACAUCAACAAGGCCUGGGAGCGUCUGGAGCGGGCGGAACAUGAGCGAGAACGUGUCCUGAGAGACGAACUGAUCAGACAGGAGAAGCUGGAACAGAUGGCCAGGAGAUUUGACAGGAAGGCAGCCAUGAGGGAGACCUGGCUCCUGGAGAACCAGAGAUUAGUGGCUCAGGAUAACUUUGGCUAUGACCUGCCGGCAGUGGAAGCGGCAAAGAAGAAGCAUGAUGCCAUCGAGACCGACAUCGCUGCGUAUGAAGAACGUGUCCAGGCUUUGGUGGACAUCUCAAAGGAGCUGGAGUCCGAGCGUUACCAUGAUGCUAAACGAAUCGACGUGCGGAAAGACAACAUCCUGCGUCUUUGGGAUUACCUGCAGGAGCUGCUGAAGGCCCGCAGAGGACGACUGGAGAAGAACCUGACUCUGCAGAGGAUCUUCCAGGAGAUGCUUUACAUCAUCAGCUGGAUGGAUGACAUGAAGGCUCGGCUGAUGUCUCCUGACUUUGGAAAACACCUGCUGGAAGUGGAAGACUUGUUACAGAAACACACUCUGCUAGAGAACGACAUUGCACUGCAGGCUGAGAGGGUGCAGAACGCAAGUGCAGCUGCUCUGAAGUUUGCCAAUGGAGAUAGUUAUAAGCCAUGUGAUCCUCAGGUGAUUCGGGACAGGGUGCAACACUUGGACCUGUGCUACCAGGAGCUUUGUGCCCUGGCGGCCCAGCGAAGGGCUCGUUUGGAGCAGUCCCGUCGCUUCUGGAACUUCCUGUGGGAGUUGGCCGAGCUGGAGAGCUGGAUCAGGGAAAAGGAGCACAUUUUCUCUUCCCUUGAUUACGGCAAGGACCUGACGAGCGUCCUGGUGCUCCAGAGCAAACACAGCGCCUUCGAGGAUGAGCUCGGAGCCCGCCGCGCCAAUCUGGAACAGGUCCUAGCAGAAGGGGAGAAGAUGAUCCAGGCCAAGCACUUCGGCUCCCCGAAAGUCCAGGAAUGCAUGAACGACAUCAACAGACAGUGGCAACAGCUGGAGGAACUGGCUGCGUUCCGGAAACAGAACCUUCAGGAUACCCAAAGGUUCUUCCAGUUUCAGGGAGAUGCUGAUGACCUCAAGGCUUGGCUGCUGGACACCAAGAGGCAGAUGAGCAGCGAGGACGUAGGCCACGAUGAGUACACCACCCAGAGGCUGCUGAAAAAGCACAACGACCUGAAGAACGAAGCCAUCAAGAAUGGAGCCACCAUCGAUGCUCUGUCCAAACAAGCCAACGCACUGCCAGAGGAGCUGCAGAACACCCCCGAUAUCCAGAGACGUCUGAAAGACAUCAAGGACCUGUACAUGGAGCUCAUGUCUCUGGCUGACCUGAGACAGAAGAAGCUGGAUGACACUAUGGCGCUGUACACCAUCUUCAGUGAGACAGACGCCUGUGAGCUUUGGAUGGGACAGAAGGAGACGUGGUUGGUAGAUUUAGAGGUGCCUGAGAAGCUGGAAGACCUGGAAGUCGUACAGAAUAGGUUGAGCAUUCUAGCUCAAGAUAUGGCGAAUGUUCAGCUGAGAGUUGAUGAUGUGAACAAAGCAGUGAAACAGCUGGAGGACAGCAGACACCCUCGCACCAAAGAGGUCAAGGAAUGUCAGACACGACUGAAUAAGAGGUGGGAAGCCUUCAAGGCCAUGGUGGAGGACAAGAAGAGGAAAGUGGAUUCUGCCGUUAGUCUGCACAACUAUGGACUGGAGUGUGAUGAGACAGGGACCUGGAUCAAAGACAAGACUCGGUUGAUCGAGUCCACACAGGACCUGGGCAACGACCUGGCAGCCGUCAUGACGAUCCAAAGGAAACUGUUUGGCAUCGAGCGAGACCUGGCUGCCAUUGACACCAAGCUUACCUUCCUUAGGAAUGAGGCUGAGCAGCUGGCCAAGGAUCACCCAGAGAACGCAGCAGACAUCUUGGCCCGCAGAGGAGAGCUAGAUGAGGCUUGGGACACACUUAGAAAGACCCUCAAAGAUAGGGAGGACUCUUUAGGGGAAGUCAGCAAGCUCCAGACCUUCCUCCAGGACAUGGAUGACUUCCAGUCCUGGCUUUUCAAAACACAGAAGGCCGUUGCAUCGGAGGAAAUGCCUGCGUCACUGCCAGAGGCUGAGGAGCAGCUGAGCCUUCACGACGCUGUGCGUGAAGACAUAAACAACCACGAGGAGGACUACCACCGCGUCAGGGACACCGGCGCUCAGGUCACACAAGACCAGGAGGAUGAUCCUCAGUACCAGCAGCUGGAGCAGAGGCUGAAGGGCCUGGACCGAGGCUGGUAUGAGCUGCAGAAGAUGUGGGACAGCAGGAAGAGUUUCCUGGACCAGGGGCUGGGCUUCCAACAGUUCAUGAGGGAUGGGAAGGCUGUAGAGGCCAUCCUCAACAACCAGGAAUACACUUUAGCUCACAUAGACAAGCCAGAGACACUGGCGGGGGCAGAGAAGGCUCUGAAAAAGCAUGAGGACUUUGUUAGCACCAUGGAGGCCAACGAGGACAAGAUCGACGGAGCUUUGCAGGGAGGACAGCGGCUGGUGGACAACAAUAACCUGUACGCUGGAAAAGUCCAGGAGAAAAUGGCCUCCAUCGCAGAUAGGCAUGACAAAAAUAAAAGAAGAGCUCAGGAGGUUUCAGGAAAGCUCAAAGACAACCGGGACCUCCAGCAGUUCCUGCAAAACACUCAAGACCUCACUCUGUGGAUCAAUGAAAAGAUGCUGACGGCUCAGGAUACAUCUUACGACGAGGCCAGGAACCUGCACAGCAAGUGGCUGAAGCACCAGGCUUUCAUGGCUGAGCUGGCCUCCAACAAAGACUGGCUGAACAAAGUAGAUCAGGAGGGUCAGGAGCUCAUGGAGUCAAAGCCAGAGUUUGAGCCAAUCGUGAAGGAACGCCUGGCCAAACUGCACGAGCUGUGGGAGAAGCUGGAGUCCACCACUCAGGAGAAGGCCCGGCUGCUGUUCGACGCCAACCGCUCGGAGCUUUUUGAUCAGAGUCUGGCUGAUAUGAAGAAGUGGUUGGCUGAACUGCAGCAGCAGCUCCAGAGUGGAGACGAGGAGGUGAAAGACCUGACCAACGCCAACAUCCUGCUCAAGAAACACCAGAUGACUGAGAACCAGGUGCGUGACCGUGCACGGGAGCUGGAGGAGCUCCAGGAGGCCGUCAGGCAGCACGGCGGAGCCAGGGACGACCAGCCGGAGCUGGAGGCCGAGCAGCAGGCCCUGCACAGGGACUUCCAGCAGCUCCUCACACCGUUGGCCCGGCGCAAGGGCAAACUGGAGGCCGCCAAGGCCGUCCAUCAGUUCUACAGAGACCUGGCUGAUGAGCUUCUCUGGAUAGAGGAGAGGAUGCCCCUGGCAAUGUCACAAGAACAUGGCCACAAUCUUCAAACUGUGCAAAUGCUGCUGAAAAAGAAUCAGACUUUGCAGAAAGAGAUUGAGGGCCACCAGCCUCGUGUCGAUGAGGUGCUGGAGCGAGGAAGGAGGAUGGAGGCUGCCGCCAGCGCUGAAGGCAGACCAGAGGCAGAACGGAUCGCAGAUCAUCUGAGGGAGCUGGAGGAGGCCUGGGCCCGGAUGCAGGACGAGAUGGUAAAGCGCAGGGAGAGGCUGAACGGCUCCAACAUGGCCCAGCAGUAUUACAACGACGCAGACGAGGCCGAGGCCUGGAUCGGAGAGCAGGAGCUGUACAUGAUAGCUGACGAAAAGGCCAAGGAUGAGCAAAGUGCAAUGCUGAUGCUGAAGAGACACAUGAUCCUGAAGCAGGCGGUGGAUGACUAUGCCAACUCCAUCCAGAAGCUGGCUGACCGGGCCCAGAAGAUGUUUGCAGAGGACCAUCCAGAUGGUGAGGACAUCAUCCGGCGCCAGGGUCAGGUGGAUAAGCAGUAUGCAGGCCUGAGGGAACUGGCAGAGGAGCGCAGGAAGAAGCUGGAUCACACCUACCACCACUUCCUGCUGAGCCGAGAGGUGGAGGACUUAGAGCAGUGGAUCGCAGAGAGAGACGUGGUGGCCUCUUCUCAGGAGAUGGGCCAGGACCUGGACCACGUCACGCUUCUACGGGAUAAGUUCAGGGAGUUCGCACGGGAGACGGGGAUGGCGGGUCAGGAGCGAGUGGACGUGGUCAACCAGACGAUAGAUGAGCUGAUCGAAUCUGGCCACAGCGAGGCGGCCACCAUGGCGGAGUGGAAGGACAGCAUCAAUGAGAGCUGGGCCGACCUGCUGGAGCUCAUCGACACCCGCGCUCAGCUCCUCACCGCCUCGUAUGAACUGCUCAAGUACUUUGAUGAUGGGAAGGACCUGGUGGCUCAGAUCUAUGAGAAGCAGAAGGAGCUGCCCGACGACGUGGGAGAGGACUUCAGCAAAGCCGAGUCCUUCCACAGAAUGCACGCCGCCUUUGAGAGAGACAUCACCGCUCUAGGCAAACAGGUUCAGCAGUUCCAGGAGACGGCUUCACGGCUUCAUGCCCAGUACGCAGGUGACCAAGCGACUGCCAUCCAGGCCACCGAGCGAGAGGUGGCUGAGGCCUGGAAGGGUCUGUUAGACGCCUGCGACGGCCGCAGGGCCCGGCUGGUGGACACGGCAGAGAAGUUCCGCUUCUUCACCAUGGUCCGAGACCUGAUGGCCUGGAUGGAGAGCAUCAUCCAGCAGAUCGAGACUCAGGAGAAACCCAGGGACGUUUCAUCGGUGGAGCUCCUGCAGAAGUACCAUCAGGGGAUCCGCUCCGAGAUCGAGGCCAGGGGGGCUAAAUUCACCGACUGCAUAGACCUGGGCAAGGCCCUGCUGAUGCGAAAGCACCGAGACUCUGCCGAGAUCAAAGAGAAGCUGGUGCAGCUGAUGGAGAAGAGGAAGGAGAUGAUGUUCAAGUGGGAUGACAGAUGGGACUGGCUCCGGCUCUUGCUGGAGGUGUGUCAGUUUGCGCGGGACGCCUCGGUGGCGGAAGCCUGGCUCAUCGCUCAGGAGCCCUACGUGACCAGCAGAGACCUGGGACACACGGUGGACGAGGUGGAGAAACUCAUCAAGAGACACGAGGCCUUCGAAAAGUCCACGGCCACGUGGGAGGAGCGCUUCUCUGCACUAGAACGCCUCACUACGCUGGAGCUGUUGGAGCUGAGGAAUCAGCAGCAGGAGAUGGAGCAGAUCAUUAAAGACGAGCAGCGCUCAGAUAAGGACAGCAGACCCCUUUCCUCCAGGAGAGAAGACACUGGCUUCGUAGAGGAAUCGUCCCAGCUCUACACUAUUGAAGAACAGACCCUGUCUGGUUCUGGUGCGGUCGAGCCUUCUUCAGGUCUUCCGGAGGGGACGGCCGGAGACUCCACGGUGCCCGUCGUGUCGGAGAUGAGAGAGAGCGGCUCUCUGGAGCUGGAGCCCUCCAUCUCUGUAGCGACCACGAAGGAGCCAGAGCGGGCGGCCACCAUGCCCACGGAGCCCCCCCGAGCCCAGACCGUCCUGCAGGAGGGCAUGCUGGGACGCAAACAUGACGUAGAGGGCUCAGGGAAGAAGGCCUCAAACAGGUCCUGGAACACCCUAUACUGUGUGCUGAAGCCAGGUCAGCUCUCCGCCUAUAAAGACGCCAAAAGCUUCGGCCAUGGGGUGACGUACCACGGCGAGGACCCGCUGUCCCUCAGUAACUCCAGCUGGGAGAUCCUCACCAACUACAAGAAGAAGAAGCAUGUGGCCAAACUCCGUCUCGCUGACGGCAGUGAAUAUUUGUUCCAGUGUAAAGAUGAGGAGGAGCUCCAGCGCUGGAGCCAGGCCAUGGACAGGGCCGCUGAGCCCCUGGCAGCGGAGGAGGCGUCGGGGCCCUCGGGGGCCAAAACCCACAGCCUGCCCCCCCCUUCCUCCUCCUCAGCUGCCCUCCCUGAGCCCAGCUCUGCCAAGAAAGACAAGGAGAAGAAGUUUAGUCGUUUUGCCAAGAAGAAGUGAAGGAGAUGGGAAGGCUGUGGAGGCGGGGGGUUGUUGCCUAGGCAACGGGAAGAGAGAAAGUCGUAUUUGUGUAAAAUCAAUCAGUCAGAGCUUUUUAGAACUGAUUUGUUAUAUUAUUUUGAGAGAAUUUACAGAACUAAUAUUGUAGGUUAAAGCCAUCACUCUUCUGCUUGUAUUUAAGCCAGUGUAUCAUAGUAAAGGUCCACUUUUCCUUUGGUUUUUUUUUUUGCAAAUAGAAAUAAUUAAAUUAAAGCACAGAAAUGCUUCUUUCACACUCAACCAAAGAAUGUUUGUACAACUUUUGACUUUUUGCUGCAGUUUUUGUUUUUUUUUUUGUUUUUUUUUGCUUUAUUAUGGGAUGCUUUGACAUAGCUGUGUAUCAUAUGGCAGCCUGUGAUGAACGUAGAGCAGCUAGACACUUGACAGAUAGUACUUUUAUUCAUCUGCCUUAUAAAAUGGUUGUGAACUGUAAUACUGUGCUGUUGAGAUUUGAUUCGGAGCGUCGAAUGCCACCAGUCGAGCCAGAGUGAAUUUAACAGGCUUCAAAACACACACACACACACACACACAAAAAAAAAAACAACACUUUGUAAA